AAUAUUUUCUCAAUAAAAGUAUCUUUCUUUAUGGCUAGCUCUUGUGAUGGGGAAAAUCACCACAAAAGUUGAUGUGUUCAGCUAUGGUGUGGUGUUAAUGGAACUUCUGACUGGACUAAUGGCGCUUGAUGAGAGCCGGUCAGAGGAAAGCCGGUACUUGGCUGAAUGGUUUUGGAGAAUUAAAUUGAGCAAAGAAAAGCUUAUGGCUGCCAUUGAUCCAGUUUUGGAAGCAACUGAAGAGACUUUUGAGAGUAUAACCAUUGUAGCUGAACUUGCUGGACAUUGCACUGCUAGGGAAGCAAACCAUAGGCCAGAUAUGAGUCAUGCAGUCAAUGUACUAUCAGCAUUAGUGGAAAAAUGGCGACCAGUUGAUGAUGAAUUAGAUUACUACUCUGGCAUUGACUACACUCAACCACUUCCCCAAAUGUUGAAAAUUUGGAAGGAAGCAGAAAGCAAAGAGUUUAGCUAUACUGCUAGUCUUGAAGAUAGCAAAGGCAGUAUUGCAGCUAGGCCUAUUGGGUUUGCUAACUCCUUUACCUCUGCUGAUGCUCGAUGAUUUAGAAGUAACUUCAGUGCAAUUUGUGCGUCCUGUUGCUAUGUCCUUAAUAAAAUUCACUUGGAUUCACCAUGUCUGUUUCGGCAGCUAAAAGGCAUAAAUCAUUUGUUUCUGGUCUUUGUGUUGUUUUUGGACAUUAACAUACUUCAAAGUACCAUACGAAGAUGUAGAUAAAUAUUAUUUUGGUCUUUCUGUUGUUUCUGCUGCUAAAACGCAUAUUAUUUUUUGAUGGGGUCUCGUGGCACAAGGAUGGUAUUGUUGCCAUUUGUCCUAGGUUGUCAUAUAUUCAAAUCAUGUAAUCAAGGGUAAAACCGCC